AUGGCUUUAAAACUAUUUCUUUGAUAUGAGAACAAACUUAUUCAAAAGCCUCUUAUUACCAAAUCCUGCACUGCAUUUUGUACAGCAAUAUUAGGAGAUAUUCUAUCUCAGUAUAUAGAAAAACGCGCACAUCACCUCGGAUUUUCCGCAAAUUACCAAAUCGAACGCUCUUUCAAAAUGGGUCUAUAUGGAUUUUUCUUUUCAGCACCUCUAUAUCACAAUUGGCUUGGCUACCUUUACAAGGCAAUUCCUGGAAGAUCUUUAUUAGCAGUUGCUAAAAAGGUUUUAGUUGAUCAACUCUUUUUUAGCUGAAUUGCAAUGAGUUCUUAUUUUAUCUUUGUCACUUUGCUAAUGGGUGGUAGCUUUUCACAAGGAAUUACAAAGAUUAAGAAUGGUAUUGUGGAAGUAUGACUUACUGGCAUAAAAGUCUGGCCUUUCGUUGCUAUAAUUAGCUUCGGGUUUCUACCAUUGCAUUUUCAAGUGACUUUUGGGUGCAUUACUGCUAUGUUUUGGAGUACUUAUAUGUCGUACCAAGUCAAUUAUAAGCAUAAACAUUUUGAUUUAGAAUAA